UUCGCAUUUCACUCCUAACUUGGUGCACUUUCGCGCUCUCCGAUCUUUCGAAGUUCGAAAAGUUUCGACGUCGUCUCUCCGCUGAGAAGCUAAAAGAUCCUCAUCAUCAUCAAAAUGCUGAACAAGAACAUUGCUAUCGCUGUCGCCGUGGUGUUGGCUCUGGUCUGCCUGGCAGAAGCCAGGGAGGAAGGCCCUCACGACAUGGCUGAUGCUCUCCGUAUGCUGCAAGAACUGGAUCGCUACUAUACCCAGGCCGCUAGACCAAGGAUUGACCGCCGCGACGUUGCGGAUGGAGACCGCGUCGAUCCGGACUUGUUAAAUCGCGCUGUGCGGCUCCUCGUGCUACAGAAAUUAGACAACAUUUACUCCUACCACACCCGACCAAGGUUCGGGAAGCGUUCUGAUGCCUACACGAACUGGGCCAAGGAUCUUGAGAAGCCGGACUUACCCGCCUGGCUGGCGUAUGCUAGAAGGAGAUGAGAAGUGCAACAGUCUCGGGAUCCAUAUUAAUAACCAUGUCAUUUAAAUCAAUGUUCGUGAUUACUGUUAACAGUUUUAAACGUUUAAGUACCACAUUCCAAGUAAAUUUUAUCCUUUAACGUGUACCUUAACCCAUAUUUAAUAGAGACUCGCGAGUUUGCGUUCUGACUGAUUUAAAAUGUAUUUAUUUUAUU